AUGAACCAUGUAUGGUUAGUAAACCUAAUCAUCCUGCUCCACCUUUUUCUGAGGUGCACAUGUUACCAAAUGAUAUACGUAGACUCCUUCGACCAGAAAAAUGACGGAAACGACCUGAACAACCUGUCCUGUUCCUGGCGAUACUAUUGCCAAGAGGAAUUUCAUUUUUGUGAAUACGGAUGCAGUUCCAAGAAAAAUUUCAAGGAAGGAUACAACGUGCUUAACACCACCAAUUUCAGAGAAAACUGCUUCAUCAAUGUCGAGUGCGAGAAUCACCAGAUUUACUUCGACACAGAGGAUCCAGUGCACUUUCUCUUUUUCGCCAAACCGUUCUUCCGCAUCAACCGGGACUUCACACUGUAUGUGCACCUGGCCCAGAGGAAUAAGGCUUCAGACGAAAGUGCGCACCCGACGAAUGAACCAACUGGGAACCCCAUCUGGACAACACUACGCCUUUCCUGGGAAAAAAUAAAUGACUGGAGAAAAUCCAUAUCGAAGAAACAUAAAAGAACUUUUAUCAAGUUAUUAAUAUGCCUCAUUUUAAUACACAUGAUUUUAUUUUAUCUCUAUAUAUACACGUACUUGUAUUUGGACAAGCACGACGAGGUGUAG